AUGUAGAAUGUAUCUGAAUUUUGGAGUUUACAUAUUGACGUCAGCACAACAGUCAAGAUGAGGAUUACAGGAUUAAGGAAAACUACCGUUGGCCAGGUAUGCAUAUCAUCGGUUUGUGCACGCAGUUCUGCUGGCUAACAAUGCAUUCAGAAUGGUGUUGGCGCCUUCAUCCUUCAAUGCACACGAAUGGAUUUUCAUUACUGCGAUUGGGCUGGCAGUUCCAAGGGCAUGAAGUGAGUUGUAUCCUCAAACUUCAAUAUGUUCCAAUACUUAUGAUGGCAUAGUUCCUUCGUUAAAAACACCCUCGUUGGCUUCGCCAAAGCCAAUCCUCAAAUCGAAAUGACCAUUUCUCCUCGGCCCUCCAAACACCCGGUUAUCAUUGGACAUUAUAUCAAUGGUCGUGAGAAAGCUAUUUGCGUCAGAAAUUUAGAACCGGGACAGAUAUUAAAGAAGGCAGAGCUGCUAAGGGAUGCAAGUGGAGAGAAGUUGAAGAAGGUCAAGAAACCUGUGCGGAGUAUCAAUGAGAGUGUUAGAGGUAUAUGGAGUCCUUACCAUAGUGGUGGAAUUAAGGUUUGAGGGGGAAAUAAGAAGGGCUUGGUGUAUUAUACAUAACAGCAUUACUGGCGUUAAGGAUAGGAAAUCGUGGGUUCCGAUGGUCCUAUAUCGAAUACUAUGGAUGUAUGGAAUCCAUGCCCAUCACACCUUUCCCCCGUUUUUGUCGAUGUUAGCAUCAGGUCUACCUGUUUGCAGUCUCAUGAGCCAUGUCUCCGGUUCCAUUGCCUCAUCACGGAAUAACGUCGUGCCAGGGAAACAGGGGCCGUGGAAAUACUAGGGAUCUAUAUCAUGAAAUGAACAU